AUGCCCUCGCCGUUCGGGAGCCUGAUGGUGGAGGACAUCCAUGAGUCCGGGCUGCACGAGUCGCCGCCCUGCCACGGCCCGGUGCUGCGACCGACGAGGCCACGGGCGGUGGCGACGGUGCGCUGCGGUGCCUUCCGGCGGAACCACUACGGAGGUGCACUGGUGGACGAGUGCAUGGCGGUGCUCCGACGGAGGAUCCGGGAGGCGCGGAUGGCCGAGACCAACUACGAGGCGCCGCCGGGGUGGGAGGCCUGGGAGAGGAGCUACUACCCGGCGUACGUCUCUGAUGUGUCCACGCUCGCCGGCGCUCUGCAGUUGCUGACCAUGGAUACCAGGUCCGGCGUCACGGUUGCUAUUGCCGCGCUGGUGCUCGUCGGUGUGCCGGUUUCCGCCGUCAUCGCGCUGCACUUACUCGGGCAGGCGGCGGGAUCCGUUUUGCACCUUGUUUCUUGA